ACACGGCUCAGAACUCCGUCACCUCCGGGACCGAGCAGAACUCCGCUGUACCCCGUCAGUGCACACGCCUGUCCUCCCCAGGACCAGCAGGUCUUCUGUCUGCCCCCCCAGCUCCACCAUUCCCUCCCGGACCGAGCGGACAGGUGGACAGAGGAUGAGUUACGGAGCGGCGGUUCGGCUGCUGUGGCCGCUGUUGGUGAGCUGCUGCAGGCUCGGGUGGAGCCAGGAGCUGGCGGCCAGCGGCCUGCACGGCUACAGCCUCCACCCGCCCUACUUCAACCUGGCGGAGGGAACCAAGAUCAGGGCCACGGCCACCUGCGGGGAGGACGAGUCCGGCCGGAGCCUGCGGGACCUGUACUGUAAACUGGUGGGAGGCCCGGUGUCCGGGGACCCGAGCCAGACCAUCCAGGGUCAGUACUGUGACAUUUGCAGUAAGGAGGACAUGGACCGCGCCCAUCCCAUCACCAACGCCAUCGAUGGCACUGAGCGAUGGUGGCAGAGCCCCCCUCUAUCCCGCAGUACUGAGUACAAUGAGUUGAAUGUUACCUUGGACCUGGGUCAGCUCUUCCACGUGGCCUAUGUCUUGAUUAAAUUUGCCAAUUCUCCUCGUCCAGACCUGUGGGUUCUUGAGAGGUCCACAGACUUUGGACUGACCUAUCAGCCAUGGCAGUACUUCGCCUCCUCUAAGCGAGACUGCAUUGAGCGUUUUGGACAGAGAACUAUUGAAAGAAUCAACACUGAUGAGGACAUUAUCUGCACCACUGAAUACUCCCGAAUUGUGCCUCUGGAAAAUGGAGAGAUUGUUGUGUCCCUGGUGAAUGGUCGUCCUGGAGCCAUGAACUUCUCAUAUUCACCAGUGCUGAGGGAGUUCACCAAGGCCACGAACAUCCGGCUGCGCUUCCUGAGAACCAACACACUGCUGGGGCAUCUGAUGGGCAAAGCACUCCGUGAUCCCACCGUCACACGCAGGUAUUACUACAGCAUUAAAGACAUCAGUAUUGGAGGACGGUGUGUGUGUAACGGACAUGCUGAGGCCUGCAACGCCAAGGACCCUAAUGAUCCUUACAAACUGCAGUGUGACUGUCAGCAUAACACUUGCGGUGUGUCUUGUGAUCAGUGUUGUCCUGGAUAUCACCAGUUACCAUGGAAACCUGCCACAACCUAUAGUGCCAAUGAGUGUGAACCAUGCAACUGUCAUCGUCAUUCUUUUGACUGCUACUAUGAUCCUGAUGUCGAUCGGAGGCGAGCCAGCCUUGACCUUCACAGACACCACAGAGGAGGAGGGGUCUGCCUCAACUGCCAGCAUCACACCACAGGUGUGAAUUGUGAGCACUGCAUCCCCACCUACUACAGGUCACCUGAUCACCCCAUUGACUCCCCGCUGGCCUGCUCACCUUGUAACUGUCAGUCAGAGUUUACAGACGGUACCUGUGAGGAUCUGACCGGUCACUGCUUCUGCAAACCAAACUACAUGGGAGAGAACUGUGACUCGUGUGCCAGCGGGUUCAUCAGCUUCCCUGAGUGUUAUCCUAUCCCCACUUAUCUCCCCAGCAACAAUGGUGAGGCCAAACCAGCUGGAGAGAUCAUUAACUGUGAGUGCAGUGCAGCAGGUACAGUGGAUAACUCCUGCAGGCCGGACCCUCGAACUCGAACCUGCAUCUGUAAACCAGGAUUCACCGGAGACCACUGUGACACCUGCGCUCCGGGUUUCUAUGGACUCAGCUGUCAGGUGUGUGGCUGCAGCAUGAUCGGCUCUCUGCCUGCUGUCUGUGAUUCUUCCGGUCUCUGCCUGUGUAAACCGGAGUUUCAGGGUCCUCGCUGUGAACAGUGCAGAUCUGGAUUCUACUCCUACCCCAACUGUCAAG